GUGACGGCGGCGGCGGGGCCGAGAACGUGAGAAGAAUGGGUUCUGUGUCAGAGGAGCUCAGCUUGGUCCCCUUGCACCAGAGGCCGGAGCUGCUGGAAGCCUGUGCCAAGCUGCUGGGCGAGGAGUGGGGGAAGAGCCGGGCGUCGCGGCUCCACACGCUCCAGCGCUCCUCGGACGCCUUCCCCACCUGCCUGCUGCUGCUGCGGAGCCGGGCCCCCAGCGAGACCCCCGCCGCCCGGGAGGGGCCCUGCGAGCUCGUGGGCCACGUCCGACUCUCCCGCGUGGUCAGCCGUCCCCACGACCUCUUCGUGGAGAGCGUGGUGGUGGCCCGGGCGCUGCGGGGCCAGGGCUAUGGGCGGCGGCUGAUGGAGGCCACUGAGCAGUGGGCCCGGAACCGGGGCUUUCGCUGCCUGCACCUCACCACCCACGACAAGCAGCAUUUCUAUGCCCACCUGGGCUUUGUCCUGGGUGAGCCGGUGCAGAACGUGGCCUUUCUCAGCCCGGCUAUAUCCUCUGAGGUGCUGCGGCUCUUCUCUGCCCCUUCUGGGGCUGCCACUGCCCCCUCCAGCAGGCCAUGGGUACCUGCUGCCCCCCCACCUCCCCCGCCGCCCCUCACUGUCCCCCCACCGCCUCCCCCACCGACUGUGAUCUGGGCGAGGGGUGUCCUGGCUGAGAGCAGCGAGCAGAGCCUCCUGGAAUCCCCACACCGCGAUGCCAAAGGGCUCCCCAUCUUCUGGAUGAAGAAGGACAUCUGAGGGUCUGGGGCCCCGAGCCGGUGAUUAAAAGCAGUGCGGGCGGGAGGUGCCCGCCGCAGC